AUGGAACAAAAGCAAUACAUCCGGAAGCUCAGCGAUAACGAAAUUAAUCAAGAUUUUAAACGUAAAUGGUAUUUUCCCAUAUUUGCGGUGAAUAAUCCAAACAAGCCCAAUAAGACGCGAGUAGUAUGGGACGCAGCAGCUGAGCACCAGGGAAGGUCUCUCAAUUGCUGCCUCGAGAAGGGACCGGAUCUACAGCGACCAUUGAUACAUGUACUGUUCAACUUUCGUAUAGGAAAAAUUGGCAUUUGUGGUGAUAUAUCCGAGAUGUUUCACAGGAUUAGUGUGCAUGAUGAGGACCAGCAUUCUCAGCGCUUUCUUUGGCGUAAUUGUGAUUCGAGUCGAGAUCCAAACACAUACGUGUUACAGGUUAUGUCAUUCGGUGCUACUUGUUCACCUUCAAUCGCCCAGUACGUUCGUAGUAGGAAUGCGAGGGAGAAUGCCGACGAGUUCCCACGAUCUGCUAAGUCAAUAACAGACAGGCAUUACGUAGAUGACAUGUUGGAUAGUGUUGAAACCGCAGAGGAGGCUGUCAAGUUAAUCAAGGACGUGAUUGAGGUGCACAAACGAGGCAACUUCCAUAUUAGAGGAUGGCUUACUAAUUCGAAUCAUGUAGCUGGCGCCCUGGGAAAUGCUGGUUCAAGUUACGAUUUUUGUACCGCUGGAAAAACGAUCGACCAAGUUAUAGAGCCAGAGAAGGUACUCGGGUUAUGGUGGAGAACGAGUGUAGAUGUGUUUACCUUCAGUACAAGGUUCACUAAAGCAGGCAAAGAGAUUUUAGGCGGACAAAAGCUGCCAACUAAAAGAGAAAUCCUGCGAUUGCUCAUGUCAGUCUAUGAUCCUCUAGGGUUCUUAUCAUUCUACACUAUCCGUUUAAAAAUUUUGCUACAGAACAUUUGGCGAAGUGGUAUCGAUUGGGAUGACCAAAUUCCUGAAGAGUAUGUGAACGCGUGGCAGCAGUGGUUAUCUUUUUUUGAGCAGGUCAAACAAGUUCAGGUUCCCAGAUGCUAUUUCGGUAAGAUGUCAAACAAUAAUUACAAGAUAGAAUUGCACGUAUUCGUGGACGCUAGCGAGGUGGCAACUGCAGCGGUGGCUUACUUCAGGAUUACAAGGGAAGACGAAAUUCAGGUUGCUCAUGUUAGCUCAAGGACUAAGGUAGCACCCUUGCGACCUAUCUCAAUUCCCCGAAUGGAACUACUCGCCGCCGUACUGGGAUCCCGUCUUGCUACUGAAAUCACUAAGGGUCAUGACUUCAAGAUUCAUAAAGCGUAUUUUUAUACUGAUUCGAGAACAGUGCUUACAUGGCUGAAAUCAGACCCACGAAAGUACAAACAAUUUGUUAUGUUUAGAGUCGCUGAAAUUCAAGAGCAUACAAACGUUACAGAAUGGAGCUACAUCCCAUCAAAAUUAAAUGUAGCAGAUGCUGCCACGAAGUGGAAGAGUACCACAGAGUUUAGCCCAACCAGUACUUGGUUCUCUGGGCCAGAAUUUCUACAUUCGCCGCGUGUAAAAUGGCCUAAAUACAAUUAUGAUAUUGACAUGGACCAUUUCAAAGAUGCUGAUUUAAAGCCGUACGUAGAGUAUAUUGGCGCUCAUAUAGAGAGUCAACCACUCAUUGAUCCAACUCGUUUUUCAAAGCGGGAACGUCUUGAGAGGUGCAUGGCAUACGUUAAACGUUUUGCAGAUAAAUGUAAAGACAAGAUACGAGGAUUAACCAGCUCGGAGGUAGGAUCCGAAAGCUUAACCACCGAGGAACUAUACUGGAGUCAAUGCCACCUUUAUCGGCUCGCGCAGGCCGAUGCAUAUUUUGAAGAGUUUAAGUUGCUUAAGGGUGACCCAGGUUGCAACUUGCCAAAACAUUGUGUUUUACGAAAGCUGACACCAUUUGUUGACGAAAACAACCUUAUACGUCGAUGUGGUCGCCUAGAGAAUGCACCAAUUAAGGAUGCAGUCAAAAAUCCGAUAAUAUUACCCAAGAACCACAAAAUUACACAACUGAUUAUUGAAUGGUAUCAUCGUAAAUAUAGGCAUGUCCACCACGAGACUGUAAUCAACGAAAUGUUUCAGCGGUUUUAUAUACCAAGCUUGCGUCGUGCAUUACGCACAGUGCGUCACAAUUGUCAAUACUGUAAGUUGUACCAUGCUAAGCCAGUACCACCAAAAAUGGGUUUGUUACCUGAGGCACGUUUAUCCCCGUAUACACGACCAUAUUCAUUUGUUGGAAUAGAUUUUUUCAGACCAUUCCUGGUUACCAUUGGGAGGCGUUCGGAGAAACGAUAUGGAGUUUUAUUUACUUGUAUGACGUGUAGAGCUAUACACGUUGAAGUGGCGUACUCGUUAUCCAUGAAUUCGUGUGUAAUGGCUAUUAGAAAUUUUAUGAGUCGAAGAGGAAUACCUAUACAUGUGUUUACUGACAACGGGACAAACUUUGUAGCAGCAGAAAAGGAAUUACGGGAAGCUUUACAGCAAAUUAAUCUACACGAUCUUCAAGAACAGUUUACGAGCGCGGAGAUAAAGUGGACUUUCAUUCCCCCAGCAAGCCCUCAUAUGGGAGGCGCCUGGGAACGUAUGAUCAGAACAUUCAAAGACGUUCUAUACCGUAUCGUGACACCGGAAACAAAACUUAACGACGAAAAAUUGUACAACUUAUUUGUAGAGAUCGAGAGUAUUAUAAAUAGUCGCCCACUUACAUACUUGUCUCUAGAGACCGCAGAACAAGAAGCCUUAACUCCUAACCAUUUUCUGCUGGGAAGUUCCUCUGGACAUAAGCCACUAGGCCAGUUUUCUUCCGUAGAUCAAUUUGUAAGGCGUUCCUGGCGGCAUUCUCAGUAUUUGGCAGACAAAUUUUGGAAAAGGUGGGUGAUGGAGAUGUUGCCGACACUGACUAGGAGAACCAAAUGGUUCGACAAGGUGAAACCGAUUGAAAAGGGUGACGUAGUAGUCAUUGCUGACCCAAAUCUACCUCGCUAUUCGUGGCCUAAAGGCAUUGUGGAGAACACGUUUGCAGGAAAGGAUGGUCAGGUACGCAGCGCAAUAAUAUGCACACCGGCUGGUGAAUAUCACCGUCCAGUAGCAAAAAUCGCGGUACUCGAUGUGAAGAGAGAGACAAGCGGCGACGUUGCAUCGUCAUAA